UCCAGCCCAUGUGACGAGACUACAUCACGCCUGCGCUAGGAGUUACAAGAUGGCGGAGAGUGCGGAACUGAAGCAAAUGGUGAUGAGCCUGCGGGUGUCCGAGCUUCAGGUGCUGCUGGGCUACGCCGGGCGCAACAAGCACGGCCGCAAACACGAGCUGCUCACCAAGGCCCUGCACCUUCUCAAGGCCGGCUGCAGCCCCGCCGUGCAGCUCAAGAUCAAGGAGCUCUACCGACGACGCUUCCCCACCAAGCUGGUGUCGCCGUCCGAGCUGGCGCUGCCCGGCGUCCACGCGCCGGCCCCCGGCUCGCUCCCGGCCGGCCUGGCGCAACUGGCCUUCGACGGGCACCACGGCGCGGCGCCCUCUCCGCUGUUGCCCAUCUCGUUGCUGAGCGCGGCCACCAAGCACGAGCUGGGCGCGCUGCCGCACCUGCCAGCCGCCCUGCACCCGGUGCACCCCGAUGUCAAACUGCAGCGGCUGCCCUUCUACGACGUGCUGGACGAGCUCAUCAAACCCACCAGCUUGGCCUCAGAUAACAGUCAGCGCUUUCAGGAGACGUGUUUCGCUUUCGCAUUGACACCUCAGCAAGUCCAACAGAUCAGCAGCUCAAUGGACAUAUCGGGGACCAAAUGCGACUUCACAGUUCAAGUUCAGUUAAGGUUUUGUUUAUCAGAAACGAGUUGUCCUCAGGAAGACCACUUUCCGCCCAACCUAUGUGUCAAAGUAAACGGGAAGCCCUGCAACCUCCCGGGAUAUCUUCCUCCAACCAAAAACGGAGUAGAGCCAAAGCGACCCAGCCGACCAAUCAACAUUACCUCACUGGUCAGACUGUCGACCACAGUCCCCAAUACCAUAGUGGUCUCGUGGACCUCAGAAAUCGGAAGGAGUUACUCUAUGGCGGUGUACCUGGUGAAGCAGCAGUCCUCCACAGUGCUCUUACAGCGGCUCCGGUCCAAAGGCAUUCGGAAUCCAGACCAUUCCAGAGCCCUCAUCAAAGAGAAGCUGACAGCAGACCCGGACAGCGAGAUCGCCACCACCAGCCUGCGGGUCUCCCUGCUCUGUCCGCUGGGCAAGAUGCGUCUGAUGAUCCCGUGUCGUGCGCUGACCUGUUCGCACCUGCAGUGCUUCGAUGCCACUCUCUACCUCCAGAUGAACGAGAAGAAGCCCACAUGGGUGUGCCCGGUCUGCGACAAGAAGGCCCCCUACGAGCACCUCAUCAUUGACGGGUUGUUCAUGGAGAUCCUAAACAGCUGCGACGACUGCGACGAGAUCCAGUUCAAAGAGGACGGGAACUGGGCCCCCAUGAGGUCGAAGAAGGAAGUGCAGGAGGUGCCUGCUUCAUAUAACGGACUGGAGGGCUCCCAGUGUCGGCCGGCGGUUGAGCAGAGGUCCCACAGCAACAACAAAAAGGUGGAGGUGAUUGACCUGACGCUGGACAGCUCCUCGGACGACGACGACGACGAAGACGAACCCCCUUCAAAGAGGUCAUGUCCCUCUAUGUCACCCACGUCUCCGCAAGUUAGUAAAGGGGUGCUAAAUCUGCACACCCAGGGAUCUCCUGUGAGCAGAACUCCCAGCAUGCCCCAGGUGGACACCAGCUACAUCCCCCCGCCACCCCCACUCAUCCAGGACUACCGCCACUACUACCCCACGCACAACGAGCUGUCAGAUCUGAACUUCUUCUCAGUUUUACAAGGCGAAAACCAGCACUACAACAUGGUGAUGGCGGCAGCGGCUGCGGCAGCCUCGGCCUCAGACGAGCACGAGCUGCUGCUCAAUCGUUUCCUGCCGUACGGCUCGUCGCAGCUCUUCCUGGAGCCGCCGGGCACGCAGUCCGGCAGCGGCGCGCUGGCGCCGGCGGUGAACGGCGGGGGGAGCGUGGGCAGCAGCGGCGGCAGCAGCAGCAGCAGCGGGAGCAGCAGCAGCCUAGUGUCCUCCAGCAGCCUGCGGGACGCCACCUCCGCACACCUGCACCCGGCCACCUCGCGGCCCAGUGCGGACGCCCUCGCCGCCGCCGCCGCCCUCUACGGCUCCAUCUCCGACGUCAUCUCGUUAGACUGAGCUCACACACACACACAUGCGUACAUACCCAGCAUACAGAGACUUAAACACAUAUGUAGACUGUACAGUCACUGAUGGGAGCAAGAGGGCAGGAGGAGAGAAAAAAAAGGCAUUUAGGAGAACAAGAAAAGUGGAGUGUGGAAUUUUUUUUUAAGGAUGAGAAGAACAAUGCUAUGUACAGAGAACAAAAAUAUAUAUAAAUAUAUAAAUAUAUUUUCGGUUUUACUUUUGUACAUAAAACGUAUGAGACUGUCUUUCUGUCCAGUGAAUGACUUCAGUUGACAUUUAUUUCCCAUGGAUAGUGAAGAUUGUUGGGCCCCCUUCUCCCUCCCAUACACAUUUCUUGGUUCCCUUGCUUCUAUUAUAACUUUUAUACCUCUUGUUUUGUUUUUUAAGAAUUCUAUUCUUAUCUUACACUGAUUCUUGUUCCGCGCCAGUGGAAUUGUUCUCCCUGAGAAAAUCAAGACAUCAGACAUUCUUUCUUCCAAAUCUGAAUUGUGGUAUUUCUAUUCCAAAAAAAAGAACAAAAAAAAAAAAGAAGUGAAUUAUCUGGAAUAGUCCAGUGGUGUGCGAGGUAGGGUCUGUUCUGAUUCUUAGGUGUUCUGUGAUUUCUCCUCGCGUCUGUAAAGCAUUCCCUCAACCCAGGCCGCCCCGGCUGUGGGACAUACAGCUGAUUGGUGUGUGUUUGUUUGGUUCAUUUCUUCCCAAGUUAGUGUCCAGAUCUCUGCUCUCAAAUCCUCCUGUGCUGUCAUGUGCUUUGUUUGCAUUCUGAAAGCGCCUCUGUACUUCACGUUUUUUUUUUGUUUGUUUGUUUUUCCCCCUGCUUUUUUGCUCUUUUUUUUGCUAAUCACUUGCACAAUGGCACAAAGCCAAAAAUCAUUCUCUUGUGCUGUUACUCCAGAAGUGGCCAGGGCUGUUCUCUCUCUACUGUUUUGUUACCUGGUUCGCAAGGCCUUUCUCGUCCCAUCCCUGGAAAACUCUUUGGUACUGUAGUGCAGCUUCUGUGUAGGAGGGCUUUUAUCUCGCCCAUAAUCUGUCCUACAUCGAUCUCUGUGUGUGUUUGUGCUUACACUUGAGUGUGCAUACAUGUGUGUGCCUGUUGGAUCCAAAUCCUCUUUGAAGCCCUCUCCAUUCCAGCAGCCUAAUACUUAACCUCAAACUACGAAAAGAGUUCAAACCAGCUAAUCAGGUACUAAGUGUCUGGUACCACCUAAACAGGUCAUAGUACCACUAGAGACAUACAUGCCCCUGAUCAAUUGGAAACAUCUCUGUUAAUCCCUCUAUUUAAAAUAAUCACUGCUUUCAGUUCGACAGAAUAUCCAGUUUCUCACUAUCUUAGCAGAGGUUGAUUUAUUUAUUUGUAUAAACCUGGUGUAGAAUGAUGGUGCAAUAACCAAUCUGCAUGUCCACUGGAGGACUUCUACAGAGUUUCCCUGAUCGUUUAAUGUAUCCAUAGUUCCCUAACAGUUUUAUGUACCCAAGCCAUGAAUAAAUGUCUUAGUUAUUGAACUUAGAGAGUGCUUAGAGAGAUACAAAGAAGGGAAAGCAAUGGGAAGGUGUUGCUUUUUAAAUUCAAACAUUCUAGCGCCCCCUGUCCCCCCAAAUAUUCUGAGAGUUCAUUUCAAAUAGAUUUAAUUGUGACUGUAUGUGCAUAUAUAUUUUCAAAAACACAUUGUGAAAGUCACAAAGUUUAAACUAGAUGGGCCAUAGCCAAUACAUUAAUUAGUGUGGCUCUGUAUGUAUUUGGUGGCUGCAAAUCCACCUCAGUCCUCUGAGCUCAUAGGGUGUUUAGGAUGUCCAGAUUAUGUUCAGAAACCUAGGUAGGUGUCUUAGUAGUGUUUCAUUAUCUACUGGUCUCUUUAUUGUUUGUCCAUUCUUCGAAAUGCACCAGUGUGACCAAGGGCUAUGUUCUGGACUAAGGUCUGUUUGUACCUAGAAUUUAAAUUAUAAAUCAGUUAUUUUGGUCAAAGGAGAAGCCUUUUUGAUAAAGGUUCCUUGUUACACAGCCAUACCUGGCUUUUGAACAGAUUUCAACCCCAUUCUUUAUCCACGUGUCUCGACUGAAUGAUAUGCUGUUUUUCCUUUAUGAAUUCAUCCUGUGUAUAGAAUAUGCUCUGUAUUUUAUUUAUUUUGUAAUCUAUAUAUAUUUUUACAUCUUGAUUUCCACUGAUUUGUUGUCACAUGCUAGUCUUGUAAGAGCAAACUGUAUUUAAUGAGCUUCAUUUUGUCUACGGCUGUUUGGUUUUUUUGAGGAGCUCUCCAGUGUCACACAGCAUUUAUUGUGAGUGUUUUUCAUGCACCCAGUGAUGAAGCAAAUUCAUACUGUUCACUGGUCUGGAUGGCAGGCCAUGCAAUAUCUGCAUACUUAGUCCUAGCUUGCCCCAGGUUUUGAAAACCCCCAAACCUUUUUAGUCUCAUGAGUUCAGCUCAGUAGUCAUGUUAAGAGCGCAUGAUGACCCAUCCAGAAGACAACCGUUUAAAGUGGUCAAAGAGAGACGUUGAAUGUUUUUCUCUAUUUAUGUGCUCCAUGUGGCUUGCAUGCUUCUCUUGAUGGCCAAGACCAUGUUUGAAGACCGGUUCAUUUUUUAUUUUUUUUUGUAAUUCCUCCUCCAAAUGUCAGUGUUAUGUAUGCAUUGCUACCCUGGUAUUUAUUUAACAGCUGUGACGGCCACUGCAUCUAGUGAUGGAGAGAUAAGCACAGGAACCUACUUGUUUGCCACAGACCCACAUGUAGCCAAUGCCACAACCAAGCGGAACCACUGCCUCAUGCAGUGUGACCAUAUCGCUUAGUUCUGAAGGUUUUUUUGUUUGUCUGCUGGAAGGUGUAUUUUGUUCUUGUUCACCAUUUCCGCCAUGUCUGUAAAUAUGACGAUCCGAUCGAUAGAUCGGCAUGAGUCACAGGGUGUGUGGGAAAUCCUGCAAAGAUGACUGAAGCCACAGGAGCUCUCUUGCACUCGAUGUCAGUGUUUUGAAGAUGAAAUUGAAAUUGAUAAAGGGAAACUGUUGAGUGUGUGUGUGAGAGUGAGAGAGAGAGAGAGUGUGUGUGUGUGUGUGUGUACAUGCCAUUGCUGGAAAAAAAAGUGUAUGGUGAAUUGUGCAGAAAUUAAUGUCCUGGUAAUGUUCAUGUGUCUUCUGUCAUUUUUCCCAGAAACAUCAUAUUGAGAAUGGUUGAUUUAUAUUUUAGAUACAAAGAAAAUUGUGCACGAAGGUGGUUUGAGAUAGAUUUUUUUUUUUUUUUUUUUUUUUUUUUUUAAGUAUUUCAGAUCAGCUGACGUCUGCGCUCACUGCCUUAAACCCAUUGAUUCAGUUUCCAUGCGGCAUGUCCUAUGAGAGAAAUGGCUUUUUAAGGAACAUACGAAAGUAAUGAUGUAUAGUUGACCAAUGUCAGUUUGUAUAAAGUACUAAGUGAAAAAAAAUAUUUAUUACAUCCAUUGGAAGAAAUUGUUUACUUAUUGAAUGUUACCUGUUUAUGUAGGGAAGUUUAGAUGUAAUAAACCGCAUUGAGUUAAA